UAAACUACAACAACAGCUCUCAAACAUGGACCAAACCAAAUACGUGUGUAACGUUACACACUCUCGUCACUCUCUCUCAGACACUGUUUCUAUGUACCUGCUCCUUUAGUAACACACAAAAUGUUUAGCCCUUCACAUCUAAAAACCUUGUACCCUCUUCAAGUUUUCUCCGUGAAACCAUCUUCCCCAUCUUCAACCAUAAGCUCCAUGAAGCUGAAAAGAAUCGUCCACACCCUCAUAAUCUCCCACUUGUGCCGAAUCAUUCGUGCACUCUCCAAAGUCAAAGCUGUCGUGGUUGAGAUUCUUAAGGACAAUUCAGGCAUCCACUUCUCUCACAAAAAGCAUUUCACCAACAGACGCAAGAACAUCAUCUUAGGCUCCUUCAGGCUUCACUACAACUGGUGCUCCUCCAAAUCCUCACACGUGUUACCGGUUCCAGAACCUGUUUUCGAAGGGUUGAGUUCUGGGGAGCCACAAGGUGAAGAUUGCCCCUACCUUCGGUGGCUUGAAGAGAAGAAGGUUGAAGUUGAGGGUGGUGAGAAAAAGGGUGCAAGUACGGGUGCAGGUGCAAAUAAUGAGCAUGACAUGAAUGAGAUUGAUGUGCUGGCAGAAAUGUUCAUUGCCAAUUGCCACGAGAAGUUCAGGUUGGAGAAGCAAGAGUCUGAUAGGAGGUUCCAAGAAAUGCUGGCUAGAAGCAUGUAAAGUUGUAAACCAAAAAGCUCAAGAUGUUUUGGUGUUUCUUUUCCAAGUUAGUUCCCUCGGUUGUGCAGUGCUUUCCCACAUUCGAAUUCGAACCUGUUGACAACGUGGGAAAGAAAGGUUGUCCAUUGGGUCUUAUUAUUUAUGGUCGCUCAUGUUUAUUAAUUUGCCUUUUUCUUUUUAUCCAAACUUUUCAAAAGACCAAGGGAGGGGAGUUUGAAGAAUUGUACACGAUCUGUGAUGGGCUUGGGAAUUGUGCAAUUCUUCUGUCUAUACGGUCACAGUGCCUUUAACCUUUAAUUUUCAGACUUAUUUUCAUGAUAAUUGAGAACUGCUGAAUGGAAUUAUUAUGUAGAUCUCAUCUUCACUAUUCUACCUCAUUGUAUAUAUCCAAGAUGCAUCAUCAUUGAAUGUCUAUCACAGUAUUAUUUUACGUA